AUAAUUUUCAAUUCAUAUUCUGAACCAAAUUUCUCAUCAUGAUAUUAAAUGGGCAAAACAGUGCAGUGUAAAAAGUUUUGAAAAAAUCAACAUGGCGGGAGAAUCAAAUGAAAUUCUUGGAAUUGACGUUCACGUGUCAUCGCGUCAUUGAAAUUACUAGAUUUAUCUGAGAUUUAUCGAGCCUCUGAAUAACCAAACAUUGGAAUACUCACUUUCUUAAUCACUCUUUCGCUCAUUUUAGAUGAGAACAGGUAGUUAAAUGCAGCAUUUUUCAAAAAUAGCAGACGAAGCAAAUAUUUUCGUACCGGGUACCCGGAAGUUACGUAGAAACUGCGCAUGCGCAACGUACAACAACAAUGGCAGAGGAAAAAGAAAAUUUUGCAUACGAUCCCGAAGUGAACUAUGAUGAAGCGACUCUUGCCCAGCAAAAGAAGAUUGAACAACAAAUUGUGACAGAGCAGUCACUAAUCAGUGAACGUGUUGACUUCUCAGAGCUAGAAGAUGAAUAUGCUAAAGAUGAAGUGUUUCAGCUAAAAAUCAAGGAUUUGAAGUCUAAAUAUGCAUGUAUGCGGAAAAUAAGAGGGGAUGGCAACUGUUUCUAUAGGGCAUUUGGGUUUGCUUACAUGGAAAAACUUCUGUCUGACCCAACAGAGUUUAAAAGAUUUCAAGCUGUUGCUAGGCAGAGCAAGGAUGACCUUGUAGCUCUAGGAUUCCAACAAUUUACAAUAGAAGAUUUCCAUGAUACUUUUAUGGAAGUAAUUGAUAAAGUUGAACAGAAUUGUUCAUUAGAAGAUCUGCUUCAAGUAUUCAAUGACCAAGUUUACUCUGACUACCUUGUGGUUUAUCUUAGGUUACUAGUGUCAGGGUAUUUACAAAAAGAGAAAGAUUUCUUCAUCAAUUUUAUGGAAGGUGGCCAGUCUGUGAAAGAAUUUUGCAAUCAUGAGGUUGAGCCAAUGUCAAAGGAGAGUGACCACAUACACAUUAUAGCACUGACAUCUGCAAUAGAUGUUCCUGUGCGCAUAGAAUACAUGGACAGAGGAGGUGAUAAUGUUAAUGCACAUGACUUUCCUGAGGGUUCUAGUCCCAAAGUUACUUUAAUAUACAGGCCUGGACACUAUGAUAUUCUCUAUACCCUAUAGCCAUAUAUGGCAAGGACCACUGUAGCCAAUUAGCCAUAUAUGGAAAGGAAUACUAUAGUCAUAUAUGGCAAAGAGCACUAUAUAGUCAUAUAUGGCAAGAAGACUAUAACAAUAUAUGGAAGGAAUACUAUAGCCAUAUAUGGCAAGGAGCACUAUAGUCAUAUAUGGCAAGGAGAACUAUAUAGCCAUGUAUGAAGAGGAGCACUAUAGCCAUAUAUGGAAAGGAGAACACGAACCAUAUAUGACCACUAUAGCCAUAACUACCAAUGGAAGACUACAGAAACAUAUGUGACAAUAUAAUGUCAAUCACCUUGUUUAGAUAUUGUGGCCAUACGGAAACUGUUGUCAUGAAGAACUUUGAGUUAAACUCAAAAAUUUGACUUAAACUUUUAGUACUUUGCAUUUUGUAAAGAAUACAGAAAAAUAUAUUAAUUUCAAUGAUUAUGUGAAAUGGAAAUACUGAAAUAUGUGCAAUGAGUUGUAACUAUAAGAAAACAUAUAUUUGGUAAAAUACAUUUAACAGAUAUUGAUAUGAAUAUCAUGUUUUUAUUUUACCUUAAAAAUGUAUGAUAUUGUCAAUUUGCCUUGGUUGGCAGGUGGCACCUCAUUUUCUUGUCUGCACGUUCCUAGAAAAAUCUAGAACUACUGUGCAAGUUGAAUUUUUUAUGUGGCCAAUUUUGAAUUUUGUGUAUAUUAUUUUACUCUAUGCCCACUAAACUUCAUAAUAAAAUCAAUAAAAACUUCUAAACAUUAAAAGCUUACUCAAACUGAACAGGUGCUUUGUAAAGUACUUUGCCAAACCAUUAUAACCACUAGCCCCAUUUACACAACACGCCACAUUCCAAGACAUCUUGGCUAAAAUGUUUUAGAAAAAUGAUGUUGAGUUUAUGUCACCAUUUUCAAGACGUCCUACGAAAUGUUGUUGAGUUUACACCUCUUUAUCUAAAAUGUCUCGGAGAUAUGUAGAUAUACAUGUAAAAUGAAAAAAAGCAGUUAAGUACUGGUUGAAAGAUGGUUCAGUCAAUAUAGCUAUUCCUUUCCCGCUUCUAUACUAUGUGCUAAAGAAUGCAUCGGUUUCACAAAAAUAUGUCUUAAAGAUAGCAUUGUUA